UUAUCAGUGUCUAUGUUCGUAAUACUGUGACCGAUGAACCUUUGCGUGGUGCUGUUGUCAUGGUGCUGCGAAAUAAGGAGGUGCUCAGUAAGCGAAACACCAACGCCAAUGGUUUAACUGUAAUACAGUUGACAUUGUUCUCAAUGGAACCAGGGUUUAUUGUUAAGGCAACAUAUCCUGAGUAUGCCGAGAACUCUGUUUUCAUCACCAAAUACGAGGACCAGGUACUUGAACUGAACUUGAUGGAACGGAAGCCAGCGGAGGUUGAAAUCUUAUCUGAUGUUGUAUUUAUCACAAGUCAACCAACAUCUGAUGGCCAAUCAGCAGUUGUGAGUUUCAAGCCUAGUCUCCUGCCACCAUCGUCAACAGACUCAGUAUCAGCCUCACUCACAAUGACCUGGUCACCUGAACACAUACCAGCUCUUCUUGUCCCCUCAUCUGCCAAUCCUGGUAUUUCCCUGCCAUUUAAUGGAACAGUCCAUGGAGUGAUGGAAGUUCAUAUUCGUGAUGGGUCAACUAAUAGAGAAAUACCUAUCAUAGGAAAUGUGGAUCUCUAUAUGCCACUUAACUUGGACUCAACCAUUAUUGAUGUAGAAAAGGUUGCAGCUUGGUACUACGAUGAGCAAAAAGCUGUGUGGAUUAAAAGUGGUUAUGGUAAAGUGUUAGAAUUUGAAGGCAUCAAGACUUGGUUCUACACAGCACCUCAUUUAUCAUGGUGGAUGGCUGCUGAAGAAAGUAAAGCCUCCACUAAAGAACCAUUCAGUGGAGACGAUAGUGAAGAUUUUGCACUGUCUUUUCAUGUCAUCAUUAUUAUCUGCGUAGUCUGUGCUUUCUUAGUCAUUUGUAUUUUCAAUGCAAUUAUCCUCAGAUUCUGUUGCAAGUGUUCGCGCAGCAGGAAGAAAAGACGACCAGAUGCAUUUGACCGGCGUAGUAGCGAUGAAAUCAACAUGACGGAAGCAGGAUACAUUAACCAUGGUUUGUAUCACGCCGACAUCACAAUGAAAUCAAAAAUACAUUCAUAUGAUGUGCACCAAAACGAUGUAAGCACUGAUACAUUUGACCAAAAGUCGCCUGUAGUCAUGGUUUCUCAGAACCAACACAAUAAAGGAACCUCACCUCGAGCAUCAAUAUAUUACACAAAAGAUGCAAGUGGUGAUGAUGAUGAUGGUUGGAUUCUUUAAUUGAACUGUAUUUUCUCUGAUCUAUGUGAAUUGUAUUUAAUUCACAUGUUUUAUAAAUUCCACCAAAAAAUUAACGCCGAAUAGAGAAAGUAUUACUUUCUUGUACCAGUUAUUUUCAAGCGUCAUGUCAUACCAGACAAGUCUUGUUCAGUAUGGGAUGCACACAAUGUGUGUGAAAUAUAUUGUAACUGUACACAGAAUGUCUGCACAAUGACUGAAGUAUUAAAAUACUUCAAUUAAUGAAUUUA